AUGUCGGCCAAACUACAAUGUGCGGUAGAGGCCUAUCACUCUCUGGACCGCUACUGCCCUGUUGUUAACCAGAACACUCAAGAGCGCAUGUGUAAGAAGUGUGCUGAAGGUUGGACCUUGUUCCAGUCAAAGUGCUACUACUUCUCCUCUCGGACCCUCUCCUGGAGCUCCAGCCGGGCCUGGUGUCAGACUCACAGAGCUGAUCUGGUCAUCAUUAACUCUGAAGAAGAGCAGAAUUUUACUCAUGAGACAAGUCACAGGAUGGACCAGACCAACACUCGCCUGUGGAUCGGCAUGUCAGACAUCGAGCAGGAGGGGGAUUGGCGCUGGGUCGACGGACGACAAGUAACAUCAAGUCCACAAUAUUGGCUGGACAGACCUGGAGUCGGGACUGAACCAGACGACUGGACGUCAGAGGACAUUGAGGGAGAGGACUGUGGACACGUGGACACCAGUGAGGAGGUGCUGCAGGCCUGGAUGGACGGGUCCUGCAAGAUUUCAUACAGAUGGAUUUGUGAAAUGAACGUAUAG